UCGCAACACCUCACUCACCAACCACAGCCAUAGACAUACUAUACAUAUCAUCUCCGAAGGGACACAAGCAAUACAAAGACAAAAAGCUUGUCAAGAAUCGAGAAACAAGCGUAGAGGGAACGCGUUAAUUUCAAAUUACGUUUAGAAGUUCAGGUUCUUUUCAAUUUGUGCCAAAUCUUGGAGUCGAUACGUACGAAGUUCGAUCGGGCAUUGGACUUUGUUCGUGGAAUCGAGCUGUUUUGGGAUUGAGUAAUGGAGGCGCAAGUUUCAGGUUGUUUCCAGCAGCCGACAUGGAUUAAUUCCGACAAGUUUGCAACGAAACAGCCCCGUUCGGUACAGUUUUCGGGGGUAUUGAGUCGACAAAAGACGCUGCGGGUGGGCGUAUCUGCUCAUUUCCGGUCUCAAGCGGUCUCUUUUCGUCGCAGGUCAAUCUCUUUGGAGAUCUCUUGUCUUUGCGAGAACUUAUCAGCUUCUGUAAAGAAAUCUGGAGGUAUUCAGGAUGCUCUUGACAAUUCGUUGAUUUUGAAGAGUAAGUCGCAAGAACUUCAGCCAUAUUUAAAUGGACGGUGUAUAUAUCUUGUUGGAAUGAUGGGUUCCGGGAAAACAACAGUGGGCAGGAUUCUAUCUCAAGUGCUUGGUUAUUCAUUCUAUGACUGUGACACGUUGGUGGAGCAGGCUGUGAAUGGAACUCCAGUAGCUGAUAUUUUCAAGCUCCAUGGAGAGGACUUCUUCAGAGAGAAGGAGACUGAAGCGUUGAGGAAGGUUUCUUUAAUGCAUCGACUUGUUGUUUCGACUGGAGGAGGUGCAGUUAUACGGCCAAUUAACUGGAAAUAUAUGCACAAGGGGAUUAGUGUUUGGUUAGAUGUACCUUUGGAAGCCCUGGCACGGAGGAUUGCUGCUGUUGGAACCGAUUCACGCCCCCUUUUGCAUGAGGAAGCUGGUGAUGCAUACACUAAGAGUUUUAGGCGUUUGUCUGCUCUUUGGGAAGCGAGGGGGGAAGCAUAUGCAUAUGCCAGCGCUAGGGUUUCCUUGGAGAAUAUCGCCGCUAUACUAGGAGUUACUGAUGUGUGCAAUCUCACUACCACUGCAAUUGCGAUUGAGGUACUUGAACAGAUUGAAGUUUUCUUGAAGAGGUUGUAGCCGGAUACUUAAAUUAUAAAGCAGUUGCUAUGUUCCUAUUUUAUUAAUAGAACAUUGUGUCUGCUGCUAUUUAUCCUUGGACUCUGGCAUAUCAAUUUUUUUUUUUCGGGUGAGGCUGAAAGUGUGUGUGGGAGUAUCAUGCAAGUAGAUCUCUUUGAAAUUAGGUCUGGCUGCAUAAAAACCCUCUUCGAGAUAUAGGCGUUUGCGCAACAAAGCAAAACUUUAGGCGGUGUAGAUGCAUAUUUCCCAAACUGUUGUAUCAUAUGCUGUGUAAAAAUGACUUCCCAUUACGGUGUGACAUAAUUGUAGUAAUAUUUUUUGAUAGGGAUCCAA